ACGUAACAAGCUGACUACCGUGUCACCGUGAUAAUCGGAAAUGUUAGUAAUCUACAACCUUAGUAACCGAUCUGUGGACGAAUGAUGUACUAUCAUCGGUUUUUUUUAUUCUUUAUCUUGCUAUGUAGCCUGCUAUGUUUAUUUUUCGCCGGCAUCGCCGCAACUCCGCCAGCCACCAGGAAUUCCGAAUUAGUAUUGUGUGCUGAGGCUGACUGGCCUGACUGUGCUGUGCUCUACGGGCGGCAACUCUUGUGUAUUGCUCUGUAGUGCUGUAAACUUUGCUGUUCAGACAGUUCAGUUUCGACGGUUCGUCUAAGCUUGACAGAAUUCAGUUUUCCUCCUACUUUCGAGCUAUUCAGUUGCUGCUAAGACGAAUUUUACAGUAAAUACUGUAUUUUCGACUUCGUAGUUCAUACUGGGUACAGCCUUCGAUUUUUAAACGUUAUAAUAAAGUAAAUAACUACUAUGUCUGAUUCAAACGAAGAGGUCAAUCUGCACGAAUGCCUAGAACUGAUAACGAGACUCGCCCGACACGCCGGCAAGAUUAUAAAAUCUCGAAUCAAUCAAAAAAAAACAAUUGAAACUAAAGCUAAUUCAAUUGACUUUGUAACUGAGACAGAUCAAGAAGUAGAAAAAUUACUUAUUGAGGGAAUAAAACAAAAAUACCCACAUCAUAAAUUUAUUGGCGAGGAAUCAUUUGCUGCCGGCGUUAAAGAAAAAUUGACAUGUGCUCCAACUUGGGUCAUCGAUCCUGUGGAUGGCACCACCAACUUUGUGCACAGUUAUCCAAACGUUUGCAUAUCAAUUGGUUUGGUGGUUGGCUGUGAUGUUAAAUUAGGAGUUAUCUUCAAUCCCAUAUUGGACAUGUUUUUCAGAGCAAUCAAAGGUGAAGGUGCAUUUUUAAAUGAUGAACCUAUCAAAGUCAGUGGCGUUAAAAAACUUACUGAUGCAUUAGUCGCUGUAGAAUUUGGUUCAGUAAGAACAGAAGAAUUCAGGAGUAUUGUGGACCACAACAUCAAAUAUUUAGUAACUAAUGCUCAUGGUGUUCGUUCAGGAGGUUCAGCUGCUUGGAAUUUAGCUCAAGUAGCUAGAGGCGCUAUUGAUGUGUACGUGGAAAUGGGUCUCCAUGCUUGGGAUAUGGCAGCUGGGGACAUUAUUGUGAGAGAAGCUGGGGGUUCUGUGAUAGAUCCAGCUGGUAAAGAUUUUGAAUUGAUGAAUCGAAGAAUAUUAGCUACAUCAUCAACAGAGAUUGCUGAAGAAGUAUAUUCAAAAUUCCAACAAUAUUAUCCAGAGCAUGAUUAAAAAAUUAAUUGUUGUUAUAUAUUAAGCCUGUAUCAUCAAUAAUGGUUUAGUAUGGUUAAUUUUUUUACAUGUCAAUAAUUACAUAGUAGCAAAGAAAUUGUUUUAUUUAA